AUGGCUCCACUCUUGCGUAGGAUUUCUAAUUCUGGUUAUGGUAAGCGUGCAAUCGUACGCUUCGGUGAUGACACGACGUAUGAUAUCAAGGAUGGAGAGUCUAGGGCAAUUGAUGAAGUGAUUAAUUGUGGUCCUUUUAAGAUUUAUAGAGACUUUUCAGAUGAAGAUCAAGGGUAUUUGCUGAAUUACAACUUUUAUAAUCUCUACCUUAAUGAUAAUCGUGGUAAGAAUAAAGGUCUUCAAGAUUAUCGUUUACUUAUAUGGAACCCGUACGACAUUAUUAAUAUAGAUAUAUUUUAUGAUGAAAUGAAGAUAUGGUGCAAAACUAAUGAUUUAGGGAUAUAUCAAUCGGAUGGACAUCUGAAAUAUUAUAAGUCUGUUAUUGCACGUCAUCGUGAAGAAGGAGGUAUUAGCGUUAUAGGUUUUGAAACAGCCGAAGGAGCGACUACUGCAGCUGUUAAAAAGGAAGAAGAUGAAAAUGAAGAAGCAUUGGCUAAGGUGAACGAAGCAAAUGCAUAA